GCCGGCAGUUUUGGAAGCCGGCCUCUCUCUCUAGAAUACAUUGUAUCGGGAGCGUCAAUCUAAUCGUUGGUUGAUCAAUUUUCCAGCUCGUCAUCAAUCGUAUUCUUCAUUUGAUUUUUUUUUAUUGUUACACUUCUACUUGUUGCUUAAUUGGAUACUCAAUCCUUAUUCUUCUCGUUGAAGUUUAUUGGAUCAUGACCUAGUACUGACUGGUAGUAGCAAUCAUUACUGUUUUCAAUGGACCAAGAUGAUAUAGCGAGAUCCUUAAUCACCACAAUUGGGAGUUUCAUUCAAGACAGGUUGCUUGAUCAAAGACAAAGGGCCCUACAGAAGGAACAAUGUGGUGAAAGAUUAGCAGCAGAAGAUGAGAGCAGUAACAAAGACACAGCAGUUAGGUAUUCUGAUCAAGCAGUUUUGGCAAAUUUGGAUUGGGGUAUGGAUACCCUUGAGGAAGCCAUUAAUACAUCCAACACUGAGACAAAAAUGGCAAGACUUGAUCAUGCAGAAAAGAUGUUACAAGUUUGUGCUAUGUUAAAUUCCAGUGAUAAAACCGCUGGUGUCCCUAAUUUCUAUCUCUCUGCUUGGGCUCAUCUUAACCUUUCUUACUUAUGGAAGUUGAGAAACAAUGUCACAAAUGCUGUUCUUCAUGUUCUUGAGAUGUUUUCUGUUGACCCCUUCUUUUCAAGGAUUGAUUUUGCUCCUGAGAUCUGGAAAACACUGUUUCUCCCUCACAUGAGUUCUAUUGUUGGUUGGUACUCAGAGGAAAGGCAUAGGAUUAUGAUGAACAUGAUUCCAGAUUCAGGUGAUUUAUCAUUCACUGCUGAUUUUGAUCAGUAUUUUAAUGAAUCCUUGGUUUUGUCUAUGAGGCCAGAUCAAGCAGAGAAAUUGCAAAAGUUGGAAAAACAUUAUGGGCAAUCUUUGGAUGAGAAUACCAGGAAUUACGCGAAUUACUUCAAAGAUUGCAUGAAUCAUGAUCCUGAAACUAGUAAGAAAGCAAUUCCUAUGAUGCCAAUUGCAGAGGCUCCUAUGACUCCUUUGCAUGAAGUGAGUCGCAAAAUUCCAGAUUAUGUGAGAUUUGGUCCCAUAUUGCCUAAAAGUGCAGGGUUCUCACCAGUUCUAAAACCUAAUAAGAAUUCUAGAGAAGCUUCCAGUGCCACUCACAUCGACUCUGAGAACCUAGAGGAUUCUGCUGCAUGGGAUAUUCAAGAGGGAAUACCAGAGGAAAACAAUGAAUCUGAGUAUGAACAGGAUGAAGAUGGAAUUCAAAGCAUAGAAUCACUUCCAAGUGUUGAAAUGAACAAUAAUUAUAAAACUGGACCUAAUGGACACACAUUAAAGGAAAAGAAUCGACCAUUUUCACCUCAGAUGUUCUCUCCUGUAAUCUCAAGUAAAACAUCCCCAAAAGUUUCAUCUCCAAAACAAGAUGGAAAUAAUAAGGUCACAUCUACCUCAACCCUACGUUCCAAUCGAUCAAUGGAUUAUAAAGUCGCCACUUCUUUGCCUACUUCACCAUUAGUGCACCAUGAUCUCAGUAUUAGCUCAGCAGACUCAGAUAAUGAAUCUAGAGAACAUAAGAAAAGUGUUAGGACAAAAGUUGGACAUGGACGAAAUUCUAGUAUUGCAAAUAUGAAGACUCAGACAUCAGAUAAAAGCUUCCAUGGAGAAUAUGAUAAUGGAAGCCCAAACUUUGGUUCUCCUCAAUCUUCUACACAAUCAAGGCCACCAAAAGAUUUUGUAUGUCCCAUAACUAGCCAUAUUUUCAGUGAUCCAGUAACCCUAGAAACAGGUCAAACAUACGAAAGAAAAGCCAUUGAAGAAUGGAUGAAGAGAGGAAACACAACAUGUCCAAUCACAAGACAACCUCUCUCAGCCAAUUCACUCCCAAAAACAAAUUAUGUCUUGAAAAGACUCAUCACCUCAUGGAAAGAACAACAUCCAGAUCUUGCACAAGAAUUAUCAUACCCUGCAACACCACAAAGUUCCCAUGGGAGCCCUUCUUUAAGACAAAUGUCACAAAUCCAAUCAAGAACAUCAAAUCCAUAUGAUUCCAACAAUUUCAAACCAAAUAGAUUCAUGCAAGCUACAAUCGCCACGUCACCAACAAGUGUGAUAUCUCAAGCUGCUGUGGAAUCAAUCAUCAGUGGCUUAAAACCAUUCAUUACAUGCCUUUGCACCUCAGAAGAUUUGAAAGAAUGUGAAACAGCAGUUUUGACUAUUUCCAAGAUGUGGAAGGAGUCAAAUGCUGAUUCAGGUGUCCAUGCUUGUUUAUCAACUUCAACAACAGUGAAUGGAUUCAUUGAUGUUCUAUCAGCUUCUUUAAGCAGGGAAGUUUUAAGAACAACAGUUUACAUUCUAUCUGAGUUACUAGUAGCUGAUGAAAGACUCAGGGAGAUUCUAACAAAUGUUGAUCUUGAAUGUUUAGCUGCUUUACUACAAAACGGUUUAUCCGAGGCUGCUGUUCUUAUAUACCUUCUGAAACCCUCGUUUUCUCAGCUCUCAGAGUUUAACUUAGUUCCAUAUAUUAUUCAAAACAUAUGUAAAAAAGAUGAAGAAUCCAAGGAUUCUGAACUGGUGAUGAAUCCAAAGGAUGCUGCUGUAGAGUUAGUGGCUCAGGUUUUAAUCGAAGGAGAUGAGACUAGUAGAAAUUCUAAUGCUUUGAGUGUUAUAUCUGUGAAUGCAGUGCCUUCAUUGGUUAUGUGUUUAGAGAGAGUGGAUACACGACAAUCUGUUAUGUAUAUCUUGCUGUGUUGCAUCCAUGCAGAUAGAAGUUGCAGGAAUUUAAUAGCAACAAGAAUUGACUUGUGCUAUGUUCUUGAACUAUUUCAUGCUGGAAAUGAAUAUGUCAGAGGCCUGUGUAUAGAAUUUCUCUGGGAGUUAGUUCAGUUAAACAGGAGAACAUUAUGCAAUCAGAUUUUGCAAAUAAUAAAGGAUGAAGGAGCAUGUAGCACAAUGCAUACUCUUCUAGUCUAUCUUCAAAAUGCUCCAAUGGAGCAACAGCCUGUCAUUGCAUCCCUUCUUCUUCAGCUUGAUCUCCUGGUUGAGCCUAGAAAAAUGAGCAUUUAUCGAGAGGAAGCGAUUCAAACACUUAUUGAAUCCCUCCCAAAAAAAGAUUUCCCAAAUUCACAACUUGCAGCUCUUGAUGCCUUGUCAUCUCUUUCAGGCCACCUUAGUGCUUCAGGGAAGUCUCUUACUGAAGCCUGGUUACUCAAGCUUGCAGGAUUUGAUCAACCUUAUGAAGAUUCUGUGAAGAAAGAAAAUCUCAAAGUUAACGAACAUGAACCAAUUGAGAAUAUGGACAAGGAAGAGGAGAUAGCUGCAAAUUGUUGGGAGAAAAGGAUAGCUUUUGUACUUUGCAACCAUGAAAAGGGUCUUAUAUUUAAUGCUUUAGAAGAAUGUCUGAAGAGCAACUCCAUAGACAUGACAAAGAAGUGCCUUUCCAUAGCCACUUGGCUCAUAUACAUGCUUUACAAUCUGCCCGACACAGGUGUUAGAGAUGCUGCCCGGAAGGCUUUGCUUGACCAAUUCAUAUACAUACUACAAUCCUCUAAGAAUCUUGAAGAGAAGAUUUUGGCAACCGUUGCCCUGAGAAGCUUCAUUAGUGAUCCAGGUGCACUUGUUGAACUUGGUGGCUACGCUAAAGGCUUGUACAAAACCUUGAAAAAGCUCAAGAGGAGCUCUGUGGUUGUCAGUGACAUAAUGAAAACAUUAAUGAAUUUGCCAUCUGUCAAUGCAGCAGAUAUGUGGAGUUAUUCAGAAGGAUUUGAGCUGGAUACAUCAAUGAAUGGAGAGGUUCCAUCUUUGGUUAACAUAAAAGGUCGACUAAUAAGCAGCCAUUCUGAUGGAACCAUUAAGGUUUGGGAUAGUGGUAAAAAGGCGUUAAGGUUGAUUCAGGAGGUUCGUGAUCAUGCAAAAGCUGUCACAUGCCUGUAUGUUUCACCUUCAAGUGAUAAAAUCUAUAGUGGUUCCUUGGAUAAAACAAUACGGGUAUGGGUAAUCAAACAAGAAGGAAUCCAUUGUAUUCAGGUCCAUGAUGUUAAAGAGACUGUCUGUGGGUUGGUAGCUGAUGCAGAUUUUGCAUAUUUUUUCUCUCAAAGUGCUGGAGUCAAGGUUUAUGGAUGGUCUGGAGUUAUCAAGAACCUCAACAUCAAACAAACUGUUAGAAGCCUUGCCUUGAAUGGCAAUAAACUGUAUUGUGGUUGCAGUGGUUUCAACAUACAGGAAGUAGAUUUGCGAAAAAACACAUCAACAACAUUUUACGCAGGAGCAAGAAAAUUAUUGGGUAAACAAUCAAUCCAUUCGCUAUAUAUUCAAGACAAUCUUCUGUUUGUGGGUGGAACAUCAAUAGAUGGAAUUGCAGGAAAGGUAUUCUCUCUAUCAAACAGAGGUGUAAUAGGAUCAUUAUCAACGGGAUUUGACAUUCAGUUGUUGGCUGUGAAUAAUGAUUUCAUAUUUGGAGCUACAAAAAGUGGGACUAUUGAGGUGUGGUUGAAGGAAAGGCUAACUAAAGUUGCUUCCAUUAAAAAUUCCAAAAUCACAUCCAUGGCAUCAGAUGCUGAUGGAGAAAUGCUCUUUGCUGGCUCUUCUGAUGGCAGAAUUCAGAUGCGUCCAAGUAAGUGUAAAACCCGAAACCAAAAUGGAGCCUCCCGUGUUGCAGUAUCUCUCAAGUCAACCAUGGUUUACACAGCUAUCGAUACAUUCUAUCUAACAGAUAAACAACUUAAGAACACACCUUCAAGAAAAGACGGAAUAGAUGAAGCCACUGAAAUGACACUUAGAAGAUAUGGCUGUGAUCUUAUACAAGAGAGUGGUAAUUUACUCAAUGUACCACAACAAGUAAUGGGCACAGGUCAAGUUCUUUUUCAUCGGUUCUAUUGCAAGCAAUCGUUUUCUAGUUUCAACGUGAAGAGAGUCGCUGCUAGUUGCAUUUGGCUUGCCUCAAAACUAGAGGAAAAUAUCAGGACGCUGAGGAGAAUCGUCUAUAUUUUUCACAUAAUGGAAUGUAGAAGGGAGAAUCUACCUUUAGAGCAUUUGGAUACAUCUUCAAAGAAAUAUUUGGAAUUAGAGGCGGAUUUGAAAAGAUGCGAACUACAAGUACUGAAGGAAAUGGGUUACAUCUGCCAUGUUGAACUUCCUCAUAAACUCAUGGUAGCUUACCUUGAAGUUCUCGAAGCACCUCAUCAGAUGAUACAAGAAGCGUGGAAUAUUGCAAACGAUAGUUUGCGUACAGCUUUAUGUGUGCAUUUGAAGAGUUACGUUGUGGCAUGUGGUGUUAUUUACACUGCAGCUCGCAGAUGCUAUGUUCCUCUUCCUGAAAACCCUCCAUGGUGGGAGCUAUUUGAUGCCAACAAAAAGGAGGUAGAUGAAGUUUGCAGAGUUCUAAAUCACAUAUAUAGUCUACCCAAAGCGUGCUAUAUACCUGUAUGCAAAGAAGAUGGUUCAUUUACAAUGUGUAGAUCAUUGGAUUCACGAUCCCAACCUCUUGCAAAGGAAGGUACAUCAAGUGGUGAUCCACUGAUGCUUGAUGAUGCAAAUACAAGGAAGGUUGAAGCAGAAGCUGUUUUAAAGAGCAAAGAACAUGUAACAGAUGAAAAGGAAAGGAAAAGGGAAAGUCACAACAGUAAAAAGGACCGAUUUCGGAAGGGAAAGGGAGCAAGAUGGUUGUCAAGAGGGAUAGACAAAAAGUAA